AUGGUGUCCUCGCAAAAUGAGGUGGGUAUCGUUACCUACCCGGCUACUGUCAACAUAGCGACACUUGUCAUCUUCUUCCUCUACCUCCUCGUCUCUAUCUGGCUCAUCAUCCGCCAGGGCCUGGGCCACAGCUCGCCAUGGAUCUGGCUCACCCUGCUGUCCAUAUGUCGCCUCACGCAGGUGUCGCUCGAUUUGGCAGCCACGACCAAGUUUCCGAAAUUUUCAGCGCCGAACACGACCCUGGAAAGCGGUGUUGCCAUCCUCACCACCAUGGGGCUCACGCCGUUGUUUAUGGCCACCAGUAGCUUGCUCAACACGACCACGCGCCCCAAGGGCCGACGCAUGCAAUGGAUCCUGCUCAUGGUUCACAUCCCGCUCAUCAUCUCCUUCAUUCUUAUCGUGGCGGGCGGCAUCGAUCCGGAUUCUCGAGACGGACCCACUUUUGCAGCGACGGAAGCCACUAAAGCCGGUGUUUCGCUCUACUUGGCGUGUUUCCUCGUUCUCAUCUGGUCUACCACGGUCAUCUCAGCGCGUCUCUACCUUGCCGACAGGGACGAGGUGCGGAUUCUGACCACGGUCGUUAUGAGUCUGCCGUUCUUCGUCGUCGAUGUCGUCUACAUGAUGUGCUUCGCGUUUGAACGAUGGCGUGCCAACGAAGGUUCCGAUGGUUGGAAGAGCAUGCGCUUCAACGUCAUCAGUGGUAAUGUGACUUUGCAAUUAUGCAUGCAAGUUAUCAUGGAAUGGAUCAUUGUUGGGCUGUACCUUGCCCUAGGUCUAGAAUUGCCUAGCAAAGCUGUGAGAUUGCGAAGGCAGAUCGAAGACCAAAUGGACCAAGCUAGGAACAUUGACGUCGACGCAUGGCAAGAGACGGUGUUGUGGAAGCUGCAUGACAGUGUAUCACGGCUCGUUGCUGCGAUGAUCAUGCCAGCUCUACAGUUCGCACAUUGGAUGCUUGGAAAGAUAUUGCGAUCCGGACAGCAGAAUACGCCUUGA